GUGUAGCUGUCCAUAACAGUUGACUUGACACACACUUGACCGCAUGUAUACAAGAUAAAUAAUGAACGUUUCUAUGUAAGCAAAGGGUCAUUCAUCGGAAACAGCCAGGCCAGGGCAACCUAGCCGGCACCCACUUAUGUAUAAACUCCCAGAUUUAGGAACAUGCCUGAAAUAAAAGUAACACCACUGGGUGCUGGACAGGAUGUCGGCCGCAGCUGCAUCCUUGUCUCCAUCGGAGGAAAGAACAUCAUGCUUGAUUGUGGCAUGCAUAUGGGAUACAAUGAUGAUAGACGUUUCCCAGACUUCUCUUACAUCACUCAGAAUGGCCGUCUGACAGAGUUCUUGGACUGUGUGAUUAUCAGCCAUUUCCACUUGGACCACUGUGGUGCUCUGCCCUACAUGAGUGAGAUGGUGGGCUACGACGGACCCAUCUACAUGACCCAUCCCACCAAGGCCAUCUGCCCCAUCCUGCUGGAAGACUUCAGGAAGAUCACUGUUGAUAAAAAGGGAGAAACCAACUUCUUCACUUCGCAAAUGAUCAAGGAUUGCAUGAAGAAAGUGAUUCCUUUGAACCUCCACCAAACUGUCCAGGUGGAUGAUGAGCUGGAGAUCAAGGCGUACUAUGCAGGCCAUGUUCUGGGAGCUGCUAUGGUGCACAUCAAAGUGGGAUCAGAGUCUGUGGUCUACACUGGGGAUUAUAACAUGACACCAGAUAGGCAUUUAGGGGCUGCAUGGAUCGAUAAGUGUCGUCCAGACAUCCUCAUCUCGGAGUCAACGUACGCCACAACCAUCCGUGACUCAAAGAGAUGCAGGGAGAGAGACUUCCUGAAGAAAGUGCACGAGACCAUUGAGCGUGGAGGAAAGGUUCUUAUUCCAGUUUUUGCCCUGGGCAGAGCACAGGAACUAUGUAUCCUAUUGGAAACAUUUUGGGAGCGAAUGAACCUCAAGGCCCCAAUCUAUUUCUCCACCGGGCUGACGGAGAAAGCUAAUCAUUACUACAAGCUUUUUAUCACAUGGACCAACCAGAAGAUCCGCAAAACCUUUGUGCAGAGAAACAUGUUUGAAUUCAAGCACAUCAAGGCCUUUGAUCGCUCCUAUGCAGAUAAUCCUGGACCUAUGGUGGUGUUUGCCACACCAGGUAUGCUGCACGCUGGUCAGUCUUUACAGAUUUUCAAGAAAUGGGCUGGCAAUGAGAAGAACAUGGUAAUCAUGCCUGGAUAUUGUGUGCAAGGAACAAUUGGACACAAGAUUCUGAAUGGGCAGAGGAAACUGGAAAUGGAAGGGAGAGCAACAUUGGACGUGAAGCUGCAGGUGGAGUACAUGUCCUUUAGUGCCCAUGCAGAUGCCAAGGGCAUCAUGCAACUCAUCCGGAUGGCAGAGCCUCGCAACAUGCUGCUGGUGCACGGCGAGGCGGCCAAGAUGGAGUUCCUCAAGGGCAAGAUUGAGCAGGAGUUCAACAUAAACUGCUACAUGCCAGCCAACGGGGAGACAGAAACUGUGACCACGAACCCCAGCGUGCCAGUGGACAUUUCACUCAACCUGCUGAAGAGAGAGAUGGCACUGGGAGGGCCCCUGCCUGAUACAAAGAAACCUCGCACCAUGCACGGCACCCUCAUCAUGAAAGAAAAUAGUCUGAGGCUGGUGUCUCCAGAGCAGGCCCUGAAGGAGCUGGGCCUCAAUGAGCAUCAGCUACGCUUCACCUGCCGCGUGCAGCUUCAGGACCCCCACAGCGACUCCGACACACUCCACAGAAUCUACACACACCUCAAGAGUGUGUUGAAAGGCUAUACUAUCCAGCACCUCCCUGACAGCACGGUCAUGGUGGAGUCUAUAGUCAUUAAAUUGUCCUCAUCAGCUGAAGACCCCAACACCAAGGUUCUGCUGCUGUCCUGGAGUUAUCAGGAUGAGGAUCUAGGGAGCUUCCUUUCAACUCUGCUGAAAAAAGGGCUUCCAUCUGGACUGUGCUGAAUUAUCAUCCAAUCCAACCCUCAACUAUCAAGCAUUUUUUCUGGUUCUGCUCCAUUUUAUAAUGGGGAUAGUUUUUCCACAGUGAUGUACCAAUAUUCUGUGAAAUUCACUCUAGAUACUAGUAACAGUGAAGGUCUUGGUCUUUAUUUAGUCUAAAAUGACUCAUAAACACAAAUAACUCAUUCAUAACCACAAGUCUGAACAGAACUACUCAUCAUCAGAGGAAGUAAAUUCUGUUUUUAUUGGUUCCUUUAUUCUGUUGUAUAAAGCCAGCUUGAAUAAACUUUUUUUUUUGUAGAA